UUCCCUCCUUUCCUCCUCCUGAAUAACUGUCAGAAACUGACUUCCUCUGACCACGCGCAGAACGGGGCUGUGUGACUACCCUGCCCACACAGCAAAACAAAUUCAAUAUGUCGACCGCGAUGUCCAGUUAUAACGGAUUUAACGGCUCUCUGGCAAAGCCAGCGGGAUGAGUUUUAAGUUGUUGCUUGCUCGGUUGUUUGAAACAUUUUGAUUCUUGAGAUUCUUCAUUUUUGUUUAGAUAAUCAGAUCCCCGCACGCCACAUGGAAAGCAAAAAGGAAGUGCAACAAGCUGAGGAAAAAUGGAGUAAAAAGAACACGGAGAGGUUUAGAAACUAAAUAAUCACCUUUAUCCCUGGCUCGGCACUGGAGAAGCCUCUUCAGAAGAUUGUGAAUAAUGGUGUGAUGGUGUUGGAGGAGGAGUGUGGAGGUGUGUGUGAGCCAAGCCAGGGGGUAGCACCAUGCAGGCAGGAGGAGAGAAAGCGUCCAUCUCCCCAGGGUGUGCUUCUAUCUCUAGGCCCGGUGAUGAUGGUAGUAGGGGGUUUCCUGACUUUCCUGACUCUGCAAGGUCCAGGGCUCUGGAUGGGGGUGCUGAUGGCUGUUACCGGGGCAACACUGACCAUCGCUGGGCUCUGUAUUUUAAUGACAACGCUACAGGUGUCGGAUGUACCUGGACACUUCCUGUUACACCCCCGCACAGGAACGCGCUAUAGUCCACACCAGGCCCUAGCCAUCCAGAGGAGGUUGGACCGGAUACGCAGAGAGAUGUCUGAGGACUCUGUGCAAGUGCCCCCCUCUCCACCCCUCCCCUUGCCCCCCACCCCGCCUCCCUGGGACCUGGAGGCACCCCCCUCCUACGAUUCUGUCAUGAAGAGCCGGGGUCCCUCUGACCUCUGAGGGCUGAGGAGACUACUGUACUGUUCUGUAACUUUGGACAAUUCCCUUUGUGCCAUUACAGUGAACUAAAUCAAGCACACCCGUGCUGGGAGAGACGUUGUUCUGGAAUGGAGGGGCUGUAAGGGGUUGGUGGCCUCAGCGUUGUUUACAUGUUAACAUGACAGGUUUACAUAUUUGUUUGAAGAAUGAGGAGUGUGUUUAUAAUGCUACUAUUAAGACUACUAUAGUGUGAUACACUGCACUCCUAUAAAGACAUAUAUAACAAAUAUAUAUAUAUAUAUUUUUUUUUACUUUCCACCACCUGAAGUUGUUGAUGUCACUUUUCAAGUCCGCCCGACGCCCAUAUAUUUGUAGUGGAACACUGAGCUACACCAGGCAGCGAGGCCAGCUGCCAGCAUCUACCCAGCACUAAGCAUUCACUAUCCAGAAGCACUCAGCCUUUAUUACCAGUCCAAAUGGAUAACCCAGCCUUUAAAACCACUGUCAGACUUUUUUGCUGCUUUGGACUCCAUUAGCUGUUUGUGCUGUGACUGCUUGGGGAGGUUGUGUCAUUCUCCAGUGUGUGAGUGCGGGUGUGUCUCUGUGGUCAUGCAUGCACCACGGAUUCUUUCUAUUCACACAGCUGACAUCAGGAUAGACAGAUGAUCUCAACCAGAAGUGCCUUGUUGUCACAGCACACGGUUAUCCACAGCAUUAUUCUCGCUCUCUCUGCCCCACUGCUGCAGGGUUCCAUUCUAUCCACUGUUGCACUUCCUGUUUGACUGGGAUGUCAUGAUCAACUUUAGUAAAUUAAUAGCCAAAGAUCUCAGUGGUUCUUGUCUCAGUUGGACUAAGUACAGUGUGUUAUUACUCUGUUUCUUUGUUCUGUUCUAACCUCACUUACACUUGAAGUAAAUGCUUUCUCAAGGACAGAGAGAUGAAGAUGUGCAGGAGAAGAGAGGAAAAUAGGACAGAGAGUUGAGGAGCUGAGCUGUGGGCACGGUGACACACUUGCCAACAUACACACACACACACACACACACACAAAACCCCCUGCUCUACAGUCGUCUGCAGGCUGUGAGAACCAGCAGAGUGGAACUCAGUCUACCCUCUCUCCCCCUCUUCCUUUUCUCCUCUCCCUCACCUUCAGUGUUUGACCCAGAGACAACAGUCUAACUUAGAACUAACACAUACAUUAGUAUAGCUUAGCUAACUCUAAUAGAUCAAAUCUUAGCUAAUACAGCAGCUGUGUUUAACCCUGGGUUAACUAAGCUGCAUCUUAAGGCUGUCCCUGAUAGUGGGUUACGGUUAGAUGUCAGGGGUCAGGUUUAGGGUAGCAGUAUGGCGUAAGGGAAGCCAUACCAGUAUGGCGGGGCUGUGUCAUUAGUUGGUCUGUUUGUUAUGACUCAGGAUUGAGCCUAUUCCAGUGCUACCCUAAGGUAAGGACAUACAGGUGUGCGUUUAGGCAAAGGUAAAACAAUAACUUACCUCGAGGAGGCAGCAAACACAAGUUUUCAAGUCUCAGGUAAGGUUACCCAUCAAGCAAACACUGAUAAAAGAGAGAAAGUGUUGAAUAGGAUGGAGGUUUAUACAACUGUGAUGUAGUAGCAGCGUGUGUGGUCUUUGUCUCCACUGUCUUUCCCAGAGACAUAACAAACACAAAAUGAGUGUGCACAGGGUAAACAAAUCGCAUAAUCAAAUCUUAGCGUGUGUUUCUGUGUCAGGUGGUGUUGAUCUCUCAGACCCCAGAGGAGAGGAACUGAAGACAGCAUUGAUGCUGCUGCAGGGGAGAACACCAUGUACUGUAAACACACUCGUAAUAUACUAAUAUGUAGUAUUACUAGGAAGUAAUGUGAUCAUGACUGUAUAUUGACGAUGUGAUGGAGCUUCAGGGAGAGAUAAUCUUCUAGACUGAUUUGUCUCCCUUUUCUCAGCCUUCACUCUGUGUUCCACUGACGACAAGGUCAGCAUCCGUGGCCCUGCCCUCUCUGAGCGCCUGACCAACCAGAUUACUGACUCUGGUUCUGUGCUUCUGGUCCUCCAUUCCUCCCACAACUAUUCCAUACUGCAACUAGCUGGACCUGAAAUAAAGUGAUUUUAUAUUUUACUGUGAUCACUCCUGCUACACACAAAGAACACAAAGUGUACAAAAGGCUGUGCAUUCCAGUUUAUUUUAUAUCAAAUUUCCCCAUAAUCAAACUCUGAUGUACAAAUGAAAACUGGGAUUCAACAUGCAGGGUUCUGCCUCAGCAGACUGGCCUUCAGCAGGAGUAAUGCUCAAAGCAGACAAACUGACAGAAUAAAAUCCUGGAUCCAUGUCAUUCCUUCCCUCCUUCCUCACCCCUCCCUUAUCACUCAGAUAAAAAUAAAUUAUUGAUUAGUUGGUACUGUUGAGAAGGACUACAGGCGCUGCUGAGGGUCAAACAACAUUCUGCACUGUGAGUGGGGAGUGCUGUGUCACUGGCACACCUGACCACUCUGACAUCUGACACAGUCUUCUGAGACCAGGACAAUAUGCAGCAUGGUCACACAUUCACACAGUUCAUUAUAGCAAGUCAUCUGUGGACAGGUAUGGGAUUGGGGUGAGAGGAGGGACAAGGGCCCGAGGUGUGAGGAGGGAUGAGAGGUGAGGGGAGUUGGGAGAUGAAGGCACUUGAAUUCUCCCAGGGGUUGGGUUAGGUCAAGAGGUUAGUGGUCAGAGUGGGGUUGUUUGAUGUCAGAGCAAUGACUAUAUAUGUAUAUGAAUGGACAAAGCAAUCGAUCACAUGACACUAUUCAUUCCUAUGUGAAGAUUCAAUAGUGCAUUUGAAGCCAAGGAAGUCGUUAAGAUGGUGUCUCAUGUGGGAGAUUUAUGUAGACAUAACAUGUGCAGUUUGA